CAUAAAAUGCAUUUAUAAAGACAGUUGGGUUCGCAUUGAAAGCAUUUUCUAACCACUCGGCUUGAUCCAUCCUUAACUUUGAAUCAAGUUGUGCAACUCUCAUGUCGGCAUGGCCGGCACCACCACCAGCAUCCAAUCAUGCACAUCUCUUCCUCCAUACCCACAUCAGUAACAGCACCACAAUCGCCGUCAUCGCCCAUCUUCUUCUUUAGCUUUUCCAUUAGCUUGUCGUUUUCACCUAACCCUCUGAACUAGUACAGCUUUCCCAUGGCCAACCACGCCGUGUUCAGGUCCUCUCUGGUUUGGUUAGCGCUAGUUCUCGUGGUUGUUGGGAUUUGCACUCAGUCUUUGAAGAAGAUCAUGGUGACUUACCUGGUUGGUGUGAUCGGAAUCGGAGGUGUGCUUUUACCUGAUUGGGACUACUUUGACCGGGAUUUUUCCCGGUGGAGUUCUCCGGUUACGGUUGAGGAAAGGGCCUCUGCGAUUGCAACUGCUGAAAGAUCUGGAUUAGCAAGAUUCAAAAGGUAUCCUAUGAGAUUGGCUGCUUAUGCCACAAUUUAUGGGUUUGCUCUGUACAAAUGGUGGAGGUUUGUAUCAAGUUAGUGAAGAUUAAUGGUUUUGGGGCACUUGAUUUCUAGUUUCUCAAUUUGUAAGUUAUUUGAGAAGUUUCACCACACUAGUGUGUGGUAUAUGUUUUGGGAACUUUUGUACCGUUGGAUCAGGUGACAAAAACGGGAACACAGAUCAAACGUAGAAAUCAUGAAGUAUACCACACCCGUGUAAAGGAGAAAGUUUCUGAAGAUUAUUGGAUUAGUUUCAAAAUUCUUUUUGUAACAACUGGGUGAAUGAAUUGCAUGUGUAUCAGUGAGUAGAGCAGUAGAGUGAAAAUCGGGGAGAAAGGAAGGUGUGAUCGAUUGGCGGACAGUCGGUCAGUAAUAAUAGGCACAACUGCGCAAUGACAGUGCGUUGUCUUCUCCAAGAUAUUAUUUUUUGUUGAUUUUAUAUAUUUGUUAUCAAUUGAUUUUUUGAA